GAGGAGUGGACUACCUCGUCUGAAGUGGCUGUUCAGCUGGCAGGAAAUCACAAGCUGGUUAUGCGAAUUACUGAAGCUGGUACCCUGUUGAUGCCGUACAAGAAGGUUGGAGCUAUGGGUGAGGGCCUGGAUGAUUUUAAUAAGGCUCAGACUAUAGUUCCCAUGGGACAGCUGAUCCAAACACUGGGAUACACCAUGGUAUGGAACAAGGAGGCAUGCUACCUGGAGUCCCAAGAUGGCGAUCGAGUACCUCUUCAUGUGGAUGGUGGAUGUCCUCAGUUACAGGAGCUGGAAGCUUUAGCGCUGAUAGCCAGGCUGGAAGACAGAAAGAUUGAGCAGCUUUCUAACUCGACGCUAACAACAAAGGAUCAGUUGAAGGUGGCGGCCAUCAAUAUGGACAAACACUGGAACCACUACCUGUACGACUAUGUGCACACUGGAUCGUUUGAAUCGGGGCUAAGGGCUGUCAGAGAUGCACCAUUCUUUCAGGACCUGCCAGGAGAGUGCAUAUCAGGCCUGGUACCAGGCGCUGGACUCCAGAAUGGCUGGGACAUCUUCAAGCUCAAUGGUUUUCUGACACGUCACCAGCGGCGCAAACUCAUGAGCAGCAAGCGGUGGAUUGUUCACCUAUACGCCGGACAAGUUGGUCACUGGCAGAUAAUGAAGCUUGAUCAAGGUGACACGUCAGUGAUAGAGUUGGAUGUCAGCAGAUGCUCCGGUCAUGACGUGAUGCGUGAUGAGACAUGGAGAAUGCUUCUAUGGGGAGCAAAGCAUGGGAAGAUCGAUGUGAUUCUAGGUGGUCCACCAGGUAGAGCGAAGCAAAGAUGCCAAGGAGGAGAGCGGGACGUCAAAUCCAUGACUCUUGUGGCCAGAAUGAUGUUCCUCUACAUGAUGGCGGAAGUGGGACGCGAGCUCAGUAACUGCGUGAUCAACAAGAACCGAGAUGUGGGUUUCAUGCUGGAGUAUCCCGAGGGACUACAUCAAGCAGAGCGAGAUCGGCAAGCAAUGGAGAUUCAGCAGUUCGAGGAGGCUUCCAGGGUUCCGGUGGGACGAGGCGGAGUCGCUACAUGGUCAGAGACCAGAGUUUACUGGGAAGAAGUACAAGAACCCCGGUGGGAAAAUUAUGUUGGCCAAAACUCCAUGAAUGCAAGAGCUUCUUUCUGGGAGACGAAGUUGUGGAAAAGGUUCCAGCGGGAGUAUGGGAUCCAGACAGUUUCUUUCGAUCAAGGAGCAAUGGGAUCACAGACCAGAAAUAGAACAACACUGGGUACAAACAUCAGCAACCUGACUUCUUUGGAUGAUGUUCGACUACCAGAAGACAGUGAUGUUCCAGAGACGGGCCCAAGUGAUUAUGUUUGGUGUUCUGGUUUGGUCGAUGCAAUUGUGGUAGCCCUUCAGUUUUGGAGCCGAAAUCCGCGAUGUAUUCCACGACUUAUGAUGAUGACGCCUACGCAAUGGCAGGAGCACGUGGCCAGCAAUCAUGAAGUUUACAGAAAGGAAUGCGCAACUCGUGUUACCUCAAGGGGUACAGGUCGACAGCAUAGACGGGUACAUCAUUCAGAAGCCUAUGUUCUAACGGCGGAUGCAGCAGGACCUUUGACUAAGGGUCUAGAUCCUACCUCAAAGGGAACAAUGGGUCGGAACCUUCGCUACUUGCUGGUCGCAAAGUACACCGUCCCGAAGUCCUUCAUCAAGCUGCACUCGGGUGUGGAGCCUCCACCAGAUGAUGGCGUGGAAAAGGCGUCGAAGGACAUACCUGCGCCCUUAACUGAUGAGCAGAGGGACAAGCUAAAGGAGCUGUUUGGUGAGGACGAGACCUUAGCCCAGGAGGAGACAGUUGAUGUGGUGGAGUCAAGCGCCUUGCCAAGUACCCUGCCUAUGAACGCUGUCGUGGACUACGAAGACGACAUGGACUAUGAGCCCUCCUUACCAGAUGAAGAGGAAAAGGAUGAGGACAAGGACAUUGGGGAGCAAUUGGGACCAAUGGACCGAGUCAUGCUAGAGGGAGAUUGUAUACCACCAGAUUGCACAUACCUGACCUUCAGUAUUGGGUUACCAAACAAUCAAUCUGGAACUGUCAAAAGAGCCCUGCAAGAUGUGGUGUUAUAUUUGCAGUCCCAUGGUUUUCCUGUCUACAGGUUUCAUGCAGACAAGGGGGAGUUCUUCAACCAUAGUUUCCGAGCAUGGUUACGGGAACAAGGGAUAUUUGGUACCUGGUCAGAGCCUGGAGUUCCACAAGGAAAUGGGCGAGCGGAAACAACUGUCCGCUGGGCCAAGGAUCGAGUACGGACCCUACUCCGAGGAUCUGCGCUACCGUUGAGGCUAUGGCCGGUUGCAGCCGCAGCGGCAUCAGCUCAGCAGAGGGCGAGGGUGCUGGGAUGGAAAAGUCACCUAGCAGCGCCAUUUGGAGCGAUGGUGUAUUUGAAGAAAAAACCCUUUGAUCGAGACGGUCCACAGCGUCGGGAGUAUGGACUGGAGUCGAAGUGGCUAAAAGGACAACCGCAGGAGGAGUUGGUCAGCGACAUUCCAAAACCGAGGAGGAGGUUGGCCGAGAAGUCACGUGUGGAGGACAUUGAGAUGAAGACGGUUACCCUCAGCGCAGAGGAGAUCAAGGACUGGGCAGCUCGAGAGGUGCGGGCAGUUCUGGAAGACUGGGACACUCAGCGAGCGAUGAGCGUAAUACAGCAACUAGCGCGGAUGUCUUUCUUCAAUGACAAGAAGUUUGGAGUAUAUCGUCAUGGAGGUGCAGUUGGUUGGAUGAAAGGGAUUAAGGAGGAUCCAGCGCUGACAAGGAUGAUGACUCGGAUUGUUGUGGAAGUUGAGCCCACAGCAGCCUUCACAUCUAUGCUGGUAUCGUACAACACCAAAAGGGUGAGAUUGACCAGCGAGCAGUGGGCGACAAAAACAUUUAUGGACAACUUCUACCAUUACGACUUGGGGAAGCUUAUCAGUUUGGACCUCGCAGAGUUCAUGAAGUUUAUGAUGUUGAGCUCCUACAUGAUUAUGGGUUUCCGAUACUUCUACGAAAAUGAAGAGGCCCAGCAAUUCUCCCUGAAGGCCUACAAAACCCAGGUGAUUGAGGAGGUACCCGAUGACCCAGCAGAUCCAGAAUGGAUGUUGUAUUUGGAUGUGGGAUCUGGUCUAGUCAAGAUUGAUGAUGCUUCAGUCGACUGGUCACAAUCUCCUUGCAUGAAGAAGACCGAGGUAGUGUAUACGCCGAAUAUCGAGAAGGUCUUAAGUGAGCUGAAGGGCCCGCUGGAUGUUACGUACACGGUGAAUCCCACUGAGGUGAUGGCCAAUUUGGAUGUAUGGCGACCGGCUAUUGAAAAGGAGCUGAAGACCAUCGAGGUUGGCAUCACCCGACUUCUACCAGGUUCAGAUGAGCGCAGGAGAUGGUUGAGUUUGCCAAAGGUACAGCGAUUACCUAUGAAGUUCGUCUUUACUAUCAAGCCAAGCAGCGAUGGAGCUUGGUACAAGCGAAAGGCAAGGUUGGUGGUAUGCGGAAACAUGGCUGCGGAAGAUGGUGCACCAGUCUACACAGAGGCAGCACCAGCGGAAUCAGUACGCGCUGGGUUGACCCUGGCGGUGCGAUAUCAGUGGGCGGUGGCGGUGCUGGACGUCGUGGCAGCGUUUCUCCGUACUCCGAUGGGAAGGUCACCAACGGAUCCUGUGGUGGUGGUUCAGCCUCCACGCUUGCUGGAGAUUAUGGGAUUGACCACUAAGAUGGAGUUGUGGGCCCUGAUUAGGGCCCUCUAUGGUUUGCGACAAUCACCCGCCCUUUGGGGCGACUACCGAGACUACACGCUCAAGACCAGUGAGCCUCCAAGAGGACUUAGGUUCAAGCAAGGCUGCGCGGCAACGAGUUGGUGGCAGGUGGUGAAUGAGGAUGCCAAGAUGAUAGCCAUUGUGCUGGUGUACGUCGACGACUUCCUUAUCUGUGGUUCUCCAACUACGGUUACCCAAAUAGCAAAAUUGGUACAAAGUAUAUGGGAGACAUCGGAGCUCGAGUUCUUGAAGCCUGGUGCCCCGAUAAGAUUCCUUGGGAUGGAGUUGCAAGUUGACGAGAAGUACCCCAAUGAGAUCGGGCUAGGACAACAGGGAUAUAUACAAGAACUACUACGUCUUCAUGAUGUUUCCCCAGCGGUCGACAAGAUCCCUAUUUCAAAGGAGCUCGUCGCGGACAGGGAGCAGCUGAGCGAGCCUACCAAGGAGGAGGUACACCUGGCUCAGCAGUUAACGGGGGAAGUGUUAUGGGUGGCUCAGCGGAGUCGUCCAGACUUGAGCUAUACGACGUCCAUCAUGGCAUCUCUCUGCUUACGCCAGCCGAGGCAGGUCAUUGAGAUCGGAAUGAAGGCCUUGAGGUAUCUUCAGAAGACGUCAGGAUACCAGUUACGGCUGCAAUGGAGUGAAGAGACUUUGGUGAUGUUCUGCGACGCAGCCUAUGCUCCACAAGGAAUACAAUUUGACUGGGACAUGGCGGGCAUGCUUAUGGUGCUGCUGAUGUUGCUUGGUGCUCUAAUGGUGUGGGAGGGCAUUCGAUGGUCGAUUCUUGAGCUUUACCACGAGUGGAUGCCUGGGGCGAGUAAGCGGAAGCUGAAGCGCCUGAAGAAGCUUCAAGAGGCCACGACCAGAGCCAUAGAGCGGGAGCUGCAGCGGCUACAAAGAGAAGCCGAGGAGGACUCCAAGCCCCAGAUCGAGAAUGCCUACAUUUCCUUCCCCUACGUGCCCCUCAGCUUGAGGACUGAAGGACUUCCAGUCUCAGGGGUGAAGGAAGAUCAAGCACGACGUCUUGGAGAUCGGCUAGCACGGCUCGUCAUGCGUUACAAUGGGCCUACCGUCAAGCAGUUGAAGUAUGUCCUAUGGCUAUGGCGAGUAAGGGACUUAUCCUGGAAGCAUACGCUCAG